CACCUCGUACGCUGGUAUGUGGGCUCUUUUGAGUUGGUUGCUCGGACUUGGACAUCAUGUCGCGAUGCCUGACCGUCCAUAGGCACAUGGAAGUGGCGGCCAUUCAUGCGAAGAAGGCUCGGACGGCGUUGGCAGCGGACGACGCUGACGCGAUCCUGCCGCCGUCACCUGCCACGGCCCCUGUCGCCGCAGGAGACGCGACGGAUCCUGCUGCCAUCACCCUCAAGCUGUUCCAAACGGACAGCAGCAACACACUUCCCUGCGUCCACGCGCUCAUAAAAGCGCAUUACCAUUCCAUGCGAAGCCUGCGUCAUGUCCUCGUGCCUCCGCCGCCGGCGCUGCCGCUGCAGUUUGAAGGACUGACAUCCCAGCAAGUCGAGCAACUCACUGGUCCCAUUCGCGACGUAUGCGAGUCCCUGACCACCCGAGACUGUACGUUGUCGCAUGCCAUUUCCCUGUUGGUUCUAACGUGGCGAUGCAGUUUCGAUGGUGCUUCCCACAUCUUCCAACGUCCACCUCAUGGGGUCGGAUGUGUUUUACGUGAGUUUGUACCACGGCGAGACCAUGAUGAUGGGCAUCUUCUUUAUGCCGCCACAUGCCGUGAUUCCUCUGCACGACCAUCCGUGCAUGUCGGUCGUGUCCCGCGUCUUGUACGGCGCGGUGCACUUGAAAGCGUACUCGAUCGUGGACGCCAACAGCACCGACGACGACGGCCACCACGCGCUCUUGGCUCGCCGGUCCCGUGAUAAACUCCUUCAAGGUAUACACGACCUACCUAUAAUAAUAGUAAUAAUCCUGGGGAUAAGAGGUGAUGGUUUUGUGUCUGGAUGAGCUAGCCCCGUGCACAAUGGAACUGAGUCCGUCGCAUCACAACAUCCACGAACUGGUCGCGGCGGGAGACAUUGGAUGCGCCAUCUUUGACGUGAUGAUACCCCCCUACGACGAGUACGACCAAUGCAUCAUCUUCCUUGGGAUAAUACUAUAUGUGUGUUGGUUGACUCAUAUGUAUGUAGCCACCACCGCCACGGCAACGAUUACAGUCUGGUGGGGGUGCACAAUAGUAGCAGUAGUAGUAAUAGUAGUAGCAGUAGUAGUAGUCCCGACGACGUUGACGCCGCCCUGUAUGUGAUGAGGCGAGUAUUUAAACCAGCCACGUCGAAUUAAUAUCAUAGCACCGCUGAAUUACAUAUAUAUAUAUAUAUGUAUGUAUCCUA